AUGUUUUCGUCCGUUAUACUUGCUCUAUAUUUCUUUUCCUUCUUUCCCAUCCCGUCGCUUGCCUCUAUCAGAAAACACUCCGAGUGUCACUGUUUUCCGGGUGACUCAUGUUGGCCCAGCCCAUCACAGUGGAGUGAGUUCAAUCGCACAGUCGAUUAUCGACUCGUUGCAACCACCCCCAUUGCAAGUCUUUGUCACACAAAUGAUCAAUUUGCAACGUACAACGCAUCGGAAUGCGAUACCCUCCGCGCAAAAUGGGAUUUCCCUCAAACUCACUACGAGAGUUCCUCGUCUAUUAUGUCCAGAUUCUACACCAACCAAAGCUGUGACCCAUUUCUAGCCCCUUCCGCGGCCUGUAUCAUUGGCACGUACGUCCAAUACUCCGUCCGUGCGCAGUCUGCUGCUGAUGUGCAAAAGACCAUCAAAUUCACCACGGCACAUGACAUCCGCUUGGUAAUUCGAAACACGGGGCAUGACUACUUGGGGAAGUCAACGGGAGCAGGCGCCGUCGCCAUCUGGAUGCACCACUUGAAAGAUAUUGAGUUUAUCGACUACAAGUCCUCGUCCUACACCGGGAAGGCGAUCAAAGUGGGCGCCGGCGUGCAAAUCUUUGAGUCCAAUGCGGCAGCCUCUAAACAAGGCCUGACGGUCGUGGGGGGAAACUGCAGGACCGUCGGAUUGGCUGGUGGGUAUAGUCAAGGCGGUGGACAUGGUCAGCUUGUCUCACUCUACGGCCUGGCCGCUGACCAGGUCCUGGAGUGGGAAGUUGUUACUAGUACCGGGAAGCUGGUCACAGCUACACCGCACAAUGACCACAAGGACUUGUGGUGGGCACUCUCAGGGGGUGGGGGUGGCACAUAUGGCGUGGUGGUUUCCAUGACGAGCAAGGCACACAAGGAGAUGCGGACUGCAACAGCGAACUUGACGUUCACAUCGAUUGGAGUGACUGAGACGACCUUUGAUGACGCUGUCCACUUAUUUCUGAAUUCCACAUUGGGACCUCUGUUGGAUGCUCGAGGAGCUGCCGUUUGGUACAUGUUAAGAGAUGCGUUUGAGAUAACACCAAUCACACUUCCCAGUGGAUCCAAGAAGGAUUUACAGGCGAUCAUGGCUCCGCUUCUUACGGGUUUGGAUCAGGCAAAUAUAAGCUACUCCUACUUCAUUGAGGAGUUCCCUACGUGGUACUCGAGCUUCGAGACCAUGAGCCCAGAUGUUAACAUAACUGCAGACGACCUGGGAGGCAGAUUCAUUCCACGAUCCCUCGUCGAUACUGAUUCUAGUACCCUGGUUGAGCGAUUCCGUAACAUCGUGAACUACGGAGCAGUGGUCUCGGGUAUUUCUGUCAACGCAUCCAUAUCUUAUGCUACCAAGUAUUUUCCUACGAACUCGGUGAAUCCAGCAUGGCGCGAUUUAGCAAUUGGCAUUGUCGUUGGAAUGACUCAGAGCGGCACCAACAAAUCUCUUAAUAGGGAGGGUCAAAGGCUCAUCACUAAUGUGUUACUCCCCGAAUUGGAGGAACUCACUCCAAAUGGGGCAGCCUAUCUGAAUGAGGCAGAUCCCUAUCAGCCUAAUUGGAAGUAUACAUUUUACAACGACAAAUAUGAUCGGCUGCUGAGAAUAAAGAACAAGUACGACCCGAGGAACAUCUUCUAUGGGACCAAGGCCGUCGGGAGUGAUUUCUGGGUGGAAAAAGCGGAUGGGAGGCUAUGUCGGGCUUAA